AUGGGUGGCCAACUUAGUAAGAUGAUGGGCAAGAUCUUCGGAUCAAAGGAGAUGCGUCUGUUGAUGCUGGGUCUCGAUGCGGCUGGAAAGACAACCAUUCUCUACAAGUUGAAGCUCGGCCAGGACGUGACCACCAUUCCAACAGUUGGGUUCAACGUCGAGACCGUCACGUACAAGAACGUCAAGUUCAAUGUCUGGGAUGUCGGUGGUCAGGACAAGAUCCGGCCUCUGUGGAGGCAUUACUUCAGCGGGACCCAAGGUCUGAUUUUCGUUAUCGACUCAUCUGACCGAGCACGCAUGGAGGAGGCAAGGCAGGAACUGCACCGCAUCAUCAACGACAGAGAAAUGAAGGACAGCCUGCUGCUGGUCUUUGCCAACAAGCAAGAUAUUGACAAUGCCAUGAAACCACAAGAAGUAACCGAAGCCCUCGAACUCAACAAGCUCAAGGACAAGAUAUGGUUCGUCGUACCUAGCUGCGCGACAACUGGUGAAGGCCUUCUCGAGGGCCUGGCUUGGUUGUCCAACAACGUCAAGGCCCCAGCCGCGCCGGCGAAGAAAUAA